AUGAACAAGCAUGCCAAACUCCUUUUCCUUGGACUUGACAAUGCAGGAAAGACCACGCUGCUACAUAUGCUCAAGAAUGACAGAGUCGCUGUCCUCCAGCCGACUCUCCACCCCACCUCCGAGGAGCUCUCGAUAGGAAACGUCAAGUUCACAACCUUCGACCUUGGAGGCCACGCACAAGCUCGACGACUCUGGCGCGAUUACUUCCCUGAAGUUUCCGGUAUUGUCUUCCUCGUUGACGCCAAGGACCAUGAGCGUCUCUCCGAAUCCAAAGCAGAGCUCGACGCUCUUCUGGCUAUGGAAGAGUUGAAGAACACCCCCUUCGUCAUUCUCGGAAACAAGAUUGACCACCCCGAUGCCAUCUCUGAGGACCAGCUCCGUUCCGCGCUCGGACUAUACCAGACAACGGGUAAGGGCAAGGUACCACUCGAGGGUAUCCGACCGGUUGAGGUCUUCAUGUGCAGUGUGGUCAUGAGGCAAGGUUACGGAGAGGGUAUUAGGUGGUUGAGCCAGUACGUCUAG